AAAAUUGGCAUUACAAUACAUAAAUUCAUCAAACAAUACAGUUCAUUCAAACUGAUGUUAUGGUUAAUAGUUCUUUUAAUUUAGCCAAAUGGGAAGUGAAUUAAAUAUCGAAACGACAACAUCCAGAUAAUUUGAUUGUUUAUAUUGAAUAGAAGCCACCAAUGGGAUUUGACAACUCUUUAAGCAGAACAUGGAUUGGAAGUAUAUUUUCCUUUGUGUGGAAUUGGACUGGUGGUUGGUUCAGCUGGACUCGUCAAUCUGAUGUUAUGCUACGAAAUAUAGAACAAACUAUUUUAUCAUGUGUCAAGACUGUCUAUAAGCGUUUCUACGUGGACAUCGGCGCGGUGGUCGGCCAGAGCGACAAGAUAUGGACCAUCUCCCUCAACGACGAGAGUACCAAGACCCCGCUAGUGAUGUUACAUGGGAUGGGCGCGGGCGUCGCACUCUGGUGUCCUAACCUUGACGCCUUUGCGGCCACUCGCCCCGUCUAUGCUAUGGACUUAUUAGGAUUUGGUCGCAGUUCGCGCCCCAAAUUCUCGUCGGACGCGGAGAAAGUCGAGGCUCAAUGGGUGGAGUCGGUCGAGCAAUGGAGAAGGGAGGUCAAAAUUGACGAGUUUAUUCUUCUUGGUCACAGCCUCGGUGGAUUCAUAGCCACGGCCUAUGCGCUUAAGUAUCCCGAGAGGGUGCGACACCUUAUCCUCGCGGAUCCGUGGGGCUUCCCCGAGAAACCCUCGAACGUCUACGAAAAGUACCAAGUGCCGUUUUGGUUCCGAGCCGUGGCCACUGCCCUGCAGCCCUUGAACCCGCUGUGGGCGGUCCGCGCCGCCGGGCCGGCCGGCAAGUGGCUCGUCAGCAAGACCCGCCCUGACAUAUCCAGGAAGUAUUUGAACUACGUGCCCGAUGCCGAGACCGUCAUUCCAGAGUACAUAUACCAAUGCAACUCACAGGCGCCUAGUGGCGAGGGCGCCUUCCACACACUGAUGCACGGGUUCGGCUGGGCCAAGAACCCCAUGUUGCGUCGCGUGGGCCGGCUCGAUGCCGGCCUGCCCAUCACCGUGCUGUACGGGUCGCGCUCCUGGGUCGAAUACAGCACCGGACACGUGAUCGGGGAGAGCCGGCCCGACUCCCAGACAUAUGUGCAGGUAAUAAAUGGCGCAGGUCACCACAUUUAUGUAGAUAAACCUGAACAGUUCAACAAGUUCGUACUAGAAGCAUGCGCACGCGCAGACGACGGACCUAGAACGAAAAGUUUACCAAACACGGAGAACAGUACGGACACAAACACCGACAACAACAAUCACGGGCCUACGUCUUGAUAGUGAUUAUAGUUUAUUUAGUUAGGAAUAGCUUUUGAAUUUAUUAAAAUUUAUUAAUAAAAAAAAUUAUAUCACAAAUGUGCCUAUAUAUCAAGUAGGAAUAACAUCGCUUUAUAACGAAACAUGUUCAAUUAAAAGCAGUUUUAAGUCAGUAUUACGCUAAGGCGAACCGCUUGAAUAUUUACAACAUUUUAUUUUUCAAAUUGUAAUUGGAGAAUUCAGACAUCCUAUUCGUUUACAAUAUACUGUUUAAAGAAUAAAAAACGACUGCAUCAGCCCUUUAUAAUAAAUCAUAAUUCGAUAUAGGCGAUGUCCAAUGUAUCUAAAUUUUAUUUAAAUUAAGUGAAAGUUUCUUAUUUUAUUAACGGUCUUACUUUACUUUAAAUGUGGUUUAGGGUAAUAAUGAUUUAUCUAUUUCUGUCAUUGAUAAUUUAAAUCUAAAAACAAGUCAUUGUUUUAUUACUAACCAUAGACAACAUUUAUAGGUAUAGAGUUAUAGACUAUAAUAAUAUAAUGUCCUCCAGACCGAUUUCGGCCACGGCGGUCAAUCUCAAGAGAGAUUAGCCAACUGCGCAAUAGACUAUACCAACCACAGCAAGAGUAAAGACAAAUAAACAAUGUUGACACUGAACUGACACGAUAUUAUUUCGCGAAAUAAUUUUGUGAAGUCGUUAUCGUAAUUUUGGAAGUUAAAUUAAAGUGGAUGUAAGUAGUUAAGUUGUAGUGUUGUAUUCUAAAUAAAAAUAUAUUAAUCAUGAACUGUUUGUAAUGCAUAAGGUAUAUCUAAAUCGAAUGUUUGUUUAUCUUUACUCUUUAGAUUAGAAUGGGGUAUACAUCCGUUAGAAUUUAGUUUUUGUUAUGUGUAUUGUAGCCAAUUGCUGACGUUUAUGUAUAUUAAUAAUAAAAAAUAAAAGGAAUUUUUGAAAAUUAAAAAACGCAACUGCCUUUAAUGAAUUUAAAACCCCAUACAUUCAAAUUUAUUAAGAUAUUUAAAAGUUAUAGCGGAAUAAAGAAACUCGUGUAUACAUCAACCCUGAAAACAUUACACUCAUUUUUUGGACAGACUAACAUUUGGCAGUAAACAAUAUUUCUCACUUGUAGAGUUAAAAGGGAUGACAAGUAUUUGAUUCCUGUCAAAUGUUGACAGGAUAUAGUUAGUGACAGUGUAGAGAUUGUGUAGGAAUAGCGCCAUUUAAACAUUAUGUUAAUUUAGUUUUAAAAUGCACAAGUACAGGUUUAAAAGUAUUGUAUGCCUCUUAAUAUUGUUGAGCUUAAGAUUUUUAUACUUAAAAUUACUUAUGUAAAUAAAGAUAAUUUAUUGAAAGGAA